AUGCCUUCUCAUAAAAAUGGUUCAAAUGGCGGUGCGGCUGGUGACUCAAAGGACGACACUGUCGUGACAUACCAAACACCUUUUCCCAUCACUGGGCCGGAAGUGCAACACGGUGGGCGCACAUAUCGACUUGCAACAAAGCAAGAUUGUCUCUCUUUCCGCAAUUUUGCAGACUCACUAGAUGGUUUUGUAUUACAGUACAACCGAAAAAAUGAAGUGAUUACGUGGAAUAAAAAGAUUUCGGGGGAGCCAAUGCGUGUCAUCAAAGUAUUUGGUGUUUUUCCCGAUAUACAACCUCAAACAUUAUAUGAUAUGCUUCAAGAUGCUAUAUUUCGUGAAGUUUGGGAUAACUUUCGUAUUGAUGCUUUCCGUAUUGUAAAACUUGAUGAGAAUAAUGAUAUUGGAUAUUAUGCGGCGAAAAGUCCGGUACCCGGAGUCGCGAAUCGUGAUUUUGUAAAUCAACGUGCGUGGAUUAAUGCUGGAAAUGAUGAAUAUGUUAUUUUUAACACAUCUGUACCACACCGAGACGUUCCCUUGGAUUACUUAAAGGCGAAAAAAAUCAGCAGCGACAGUGUUGUUCGUGCGAUAUCAAAAAUCACAGGAUAUCUUGUACGCCCAUGGACUGAUGAGAAUGGGAAAAAGGGUUCCUGUCUCACAUAUAUUACGCAAUGUGACCCUGCCGGAUGGAUUCCAACACCAGUGACAAAUUUUAUCAGCACUAAGUUUGCACCCAAUACCAUUAGGACCGUGGAAGAAGCUGCGAAACAGUUUAAAGAGUGGCUUCCCAAACAGAAGGACUACGUCAAGGAUUGGCCUGAAACAGCAGACCCAUAUGGCGUACCGGUUCAGCAUCUAACAAUUGAGUUUGCAAAAGAAAAAUGGGGUUCAGAUGGAGAUUCUGGUAAACAGAAAAAAGGAAAAACUUCUAAAGGUUAA